GAUCCACAUUUUCCUGAACUUUUGUAGACUCACAUUUUUAAUCUGUCUGAAUUACUCAUCGUAAAGCUCCGAGCUCUGCUUUUGUCCGUCGAAACGCCGCCGAAAUUUCAUGCUUUGAAUCAUUCGUUUCUGAUUAUUUCUCAACGUCGAUGAACUGAAAAGAAACAACACAAGUGUAGUGUCUGUAAUCGCGUCGUUGCCAUACAUGUGGCAGUGGGAGAAUGCCACCGCCGGUGCCGUCCGCCGCCGUGCAUCCUCUAGAUGUCGUCCGCCGCCGUGCAUCCUCUAGAUGUCGUCCGCACCCGGUUUCAAGGUUGUGAUCGCGGAGGAUCCAGUCUCCCGACUUACAAGAGCACAGUUAAUGCAAUCUUCACUAUUGGUCGGAUGGAGCUAUGGCAGAGCCAAACAAAUAUAUUCAGACAAUGAAAAGAACUUGAGUCCCAGGCUUCAUCUUGUUUCUGCAGCAGAAGCAGGAGCUUUGGUUUGUUUUUUGCACAAAUCCAGUUUGGCUUGUGAAAACAAGAAUGCAGCUUCAGAAUCCUCUUCAUCAAGCGCAACCUUAUUCUGGGCUAUAUGCAGGUUUCUCAUGGUGCAUUUACAGUUUAUGAAGAACUCCGUACAUUUAUUGCCAACUCGAGGUCUGAUGGACCAAAGUGAAUUCUCAAAGUUCUGGGGAAUUACUGAAUUCAGUUGAUUAUGCUGUUCUUGGAGGAUCUUCUAAAAUUGCUGCCAUGCUUCUUACAUACCCAUUUCAAGUAAAUAGAAAUUUGACUUAUGGUAUGAACUAUGGUGUUGUUUUUAUAGUCAUUUAUCUUAGCUGACUCUUGAGUGACUUGGUUCUCAAAAGAAUGUCCCUGCGGCUUUGAUCACGUUCAUUGUCUAUGAAAACGUCUUAAACUUCCUCAAACUGACAAGACAAAGGGAAUAAAAUUUGUUGUUCCAACUA